AAAAUAUGACCGGGUAGAUGGAAGCCCGCAUCGUUACGAGUUGCAAGUCGUCUCUUCGGAGGUGACGGAAGAUCUGUCUUACGACCACUCGACAAUGGCGUUCUCUAGGUUGUUUCUUCUAGGCUUGCUGCCGUUCCUAUGUCUUUCCGCAUCCCUAACGGACUUUACGCGACUUUAUGGACCGCGUUCUUGGAGUAGACUCGCCGGAGGAAACGACAAUGUUGGGAGCGGAAGACACAUCAGAGCGAAGCUCCAAUCUAGGAAGAUCAAUAAUGUGACUGGCGUUGCCGUGUCUACAUAUGGGACAUCCAAGAUCUCGGAUCGAUCUCCGCGGGAGCCAUUGGCCAGAUAUGGAGCGGGGAUAGUGUAUAUGUUGGAACUUGACAUCGGGACGCCUGGACAGAAGGUCUCGGCUAUCCUCGAUACCGGAUCAUAUACGCUACUCUUGGAUCCGGACUGCAAACAAGCAGCCGAUCCGGAAGCUUGCCAAACGUAUGGGUUUUAUGACACAGCCCAGUCCUCCACCGCUAAGAAUCUCAACGGCUGGUUCUCGGGGCAGUUUGGUACGGGCUACAUGCAGGGAAUAUGGUAUAGUGACACAGCUUAUGUGGGAUUGGAUUACUUACCCCUUCCGAACUUGAGAGUGGGAGUGAGCAAAUGGAGCCAGUAUAUCUGGGCAGGAGUCUUGGGCGUAUCAUAUGGUAAAGCAUGGAAUACUGCUUAUCAAACUUUACUUGACCUUCUCGUCUUCCAACGCUAUAUCGAGGUACCAAUAUUCAGUGUAGGAGUUGGAUAUCAAGGUGGUGGAAGCCCAAGUGAUAUGAUCUUUGGGGGUGUUGAUAGAAAGAAAUACCGGGGAUAUCUCGAGCCUCUCGAGGUUUAUCCGUAUCCGGAACAGCAGCUGAAACUCUUUGGCCAAGUAAACUAUCGGGUGAACUUAACGUCGUUAGCGGUCACUCCUCCCGGAGAAAACGAAACGAUGCUAACAGGCAGCAAUUUUGGGCGUAAUGUGUUGAUCGACUCCGGAUCAACUUACACAUACCUCGACGCGGGUUUAGUUGCUGUAAUUGCUAGAAUUUUGAAUGCGUAUAAGGAUGAACAUGGGGUCUAUCUGGUGCCAUGUGAGAACCGGGACUUGGAUGGUUCCGUGAAUUUCGGGUUUAACUACUUCAAUAUGGUCAUUCGCGUUAACUACGCCGACUUCAUCGUCGAUUUUGACAGCUACUGCGCCCUUGGUGUCCAACCCACAGACUAUUCAGACUCGACGUGGGUGCUAGGAACUAGUUUCAUUCGAGCCGCGUACAUGGUAUUCGAUCAGCAAAAUAAUGCAGUAUGGAUUGCGCAAUAUUUGCCAUGCGGUGAUGACGGGGUAGCCGAUCUAACCGAGGAUGCUGGCAGACAAUUGUGGUUAGAGGUUACGGGUUUGUGCUGAUCACUAAUUACAUCUCACUGCACUUACUUCUGUCUCAACCUAUGCGAUAAUCCAUUCGACGAACAAGACGAGUGAAAUUAGGAAUACAGAUCGCUUGGCUAUACAGAGAUAUCUUGUACAUA